AUGGGUAGAAGAGCUAAGAAUAAGCAAGGAGCCCCACCAUCCUUGGACGAGUUCCAAGCAAAGAAGCAAAAGAAGGAACUGAAGAGAAAGAGACUGAGUGAAGAAGACAAGACAUUCAAAAAGGUAAAGACAUCAUCAUCAUCAUCAUCAUCAAAGAGAGAUAAGAAACAACCAAAGAAAACUGUUGAAGAUGUGGAAGAGUUUACUGAGGAUGUACCUGAAGUGGAUUUGAAAGAGCUCUCUGAAGCCAAGAAGUCAUUAUUUGACGAUUCUGAGUCUGGAUCUGAAGGAGAAGUUGAAGUUGAUGAUGAAUUUGAUGUUGAAAACGAACCAAUGGUUGAUUCCGAUGAUGAAGCUCAUGAAAGACCCAUGUUCUCCGAUGACGACGAAGAUGAAUCUGAAUUAAACAAUUUGAACGCAGAAAACAUGGAAGCCUUUUCAAGACAUUUGGAUGAAGAAGAUGAGUUGGAAGCCGAAGAAGCUGAAUUAGAAUUACAAGAAGCUGGAUUAAAUCAAAACCAACCAAGAGCUAAAGUCUUGCCUACUGCCGAGGAAGAAGCCUUAAUGACUAAAGGAACUCAAGAUGUUACAAUGGUUAGAACCAGAAUGAUUGAAAUCAUCAAGGUUUUAGAGAACUUUAAAGAAUUGGCAGAAGAAGGUAAAUCAAGAGCAGAAUACACCGACAGAUUACUUAAAGAUAUAUGUGAAUAUUUUGGAUAUUCUGAAUUCUUAGCAGAGAAACUCUUUAAUUUGUUCACUCCCUCAGAAGCCAUGGAGUUCUUUGAAGCCAAUGAAAUCGCCAGACCAAUUACCAUUAGAACAAACACAUUAAAGACCAGAAGAAGAGAUUUGGCUCAAACUUUAGUUAACCGUGGGGUUAACUUACAACCAAUUGGUACCUGGACUAAAGUUGGAUUACAAAUCUUUGAUUCCCAAGUCCCUGUUGGAGCCACACCCGAAUAUUUAGCUGGUCAAUAUAUUUUACAAGCUGCUUCUUCAUUCCUUCCCGUGAUGGCUUUAGAACCUCAAGAAAAUGAACGUAUUUUGGAUAUGGCUGCUGCUCCAGGUGGUAAAACCACUUAUAUUUCUGCAUUGAUGAAGAAUACUGGUUGUGUUUUCGCUAAUGAUGCCAAUAAAGCCAGAACCAAAUCUUUAAUUGCAAAUAUUCAUCGGUUGGGUUGUAAAAACACCAUUGUAUGCCAUUAUGAUGCUAGAGAAUUUCCUAAAGUCAUUGGAGGAUUUGAUAGAGUUCUUUUGGAUGCUCCAUGUUCAGGUACUGGGGUCAUUGGUAAGGAUGAAUCUGUUAAAGUAAGUCGUACUGAAAAGGAUUUCAUUCAAAUACCUCAUUUACAGAAACAAUUAUUAUUAUCAGCCAUUGAUUCUGUUGAUGCCAAUUCUUCUACUGGUGGUGUAAUUGUUUAUUCAACGUGUUCUGUUGCUGUUGAUGAAAAUGAAGCAGUGGUUGAUUAUGCAUUGAGGAAAAGACCAAAUGUCAAAUUGGUCGAAACUGGUUUACAAAUAGGUAAAGAAGGUUUCACAUCUUAUAGAGGGAAACAUUUCAAUUCCACCAUAUCAAUGACAAGAAGAUAUUAUCCUCAUACUUAUAAUGUUGAUGGGUUCUUUGUUGCCAAAUUCAAAAAGAUCGCUCCUUCUGCUCACGAUAAGAGUUUAGCUGGUGCUAAGGAAAAGGAAGCCUUUGCCAGAAAUGAAGCUGAAGAAGAAGGUAUUAUUCAUGGCGAUUUUGCUGAAUUCGAAGACGAUGAAGAUAAAUCUUUUAUUGAACUGUCAAUCAAACGGAAUUUGAAGAGAAAGGGUAUCAAUCCAAAUUCAUUCAAAAAGUCAUCCUCAGAGCCAUCAAAAUAG